GGGGGAGGGCCCGGCGCGCUCCGGGAGGCUGCGGCGCGGGCCCGGGAGCGGCAGGACUCGGGCCGGAGCGUGGCCGGACCCCCACCCGCCGAGGAGCCCAGGGAGGACGCGGCAGAGUCACGGUGGCAGCAUUGAAAGUCGGACACCCAGGUCCCUGAAGUGAUCUCUAGGCCCCAGCCCCAAAUCCGCCACCAUUCCGUGCUGCGGGGACACCAUGGCUCCAGAAGAGGACGCUGGAGGGGAGGCCUUAGGGGGCAGUUUCUGGGAGGCUGGCAACUACAGGCGCACGGUGCAGCGGGUGGAGGACGGGCACCGGCUGUGCGGGGACCUGGUCAGCUGCUUCCAGGAGCGUGCCCGCAUCGAAAAGGCCUAUGCCCAGCAGUUGGCCGACUGGGCCCGAAAGUGGAGGGGGACCGUGGAGAAGGGCCCCCAGUAUGGCACACUGGAGAAGGCCUGGCAUGCCUUUUUCACGGCGGCCGAGCGGCUGAGCGCCCUGCACCUGGAGGUUCGGGAGAAGCUGCAAGGGCAGGACAGUGAGCGGGUGCGCGCCUGGCAGCGGGGGGCUUUCCACCGGCCUGUGCUGGGUGGCUUCCGCGAGAGCCGGGCGGCUGAGGAUGGCUUCCGCAAGGCCCAGAAGCCCUGGCUGAAGAGGUUGAAGGAGGUUGAGGCUUCCAAGAAAAGCUACCAUGCAGCCCGGAAGGACGAGAAGACAGCCCAGACAAGGGAGAGCCAUGCGAAGGCAGACAGUGCCGUCUCCCAGGAGCAGCUGCGCAAACUGCAGGAACGGGUGGAACGCUGUGCCAAGGAGGCCGAGAAGACAAAAGCUCAGUAUGAGCAGACGCUGGCAGAGCUGCAUCGCUACACUCCACGCUACAUGGAAGACAUGGAGCAGGCCUUUGAGACCUGCCAGGCCGCCGAGCGCCAGCGGCUUCUUUUCUUCAAGGACAUGCUGCUCACCUUACACCAGCACCUGGACCUUUCCAGCAGUGAGAAGUUCCACGAACUCCACCGCGACUUGCACCAGGGCAUCGAGGCAGCCAGUGACGAAGAGGAUCUGCGCUGGUGGCGCAGCACCCACGGGCCAGGCAUGGCCAUGAACUGGCCACAGUUUGAGGAGUGGUCCUUGGACACACAGAGGACAAUCAGUCGGAAAGAGAAGGGUGGCCGGAGCCCUGAUGAGGUUACCUUGACCAGCAUCGUGCCCACAAGAGAUGGCACCGCACCCCCACCCCAGUCCCCGGGGUCCCCAGGUGAGCUGCUCCCUUUGCCUGCCCUCUCCAGCACGGGGCAGGAUGAGGAGUGGUCAGAUGAAGAGAGUCCCCGGAAGGCUGCCACCGGGGUUCGGGUGCGGGCACUCUAUGACUAUGCUGGCCAGGAAGCUGAUGAGCUGAGCUUCCGAGCAGGGGAGGAGCUGCUGAAGAUGAGUGAGGAGGACGAGCAGGGCUGGUGCCAAGGCCAGUUGCAGAGUGGCCGCAUUGGCCUGUACCCUGCCAACUACGUGGAGUGCGUGGGCGCCUGAGUGUCCUGACAGCCCUUCUGCGAUGCUUACCCACCCUGGGUGAGAGCCCAGCUUCUCCUGGAGAGCCAGACCCUCAGGGCCCUGAACCGUCGCUCCCCUGCUGCUCCUCUGUCCCUUGAGGGAGGAAGUCCUGGGACCCAGGGAGGGGAGGGGCCUUUGUCUAGGAAGGAACUGGUAGGGAGGGAUGAGUCCAGGCUGAGGGCAAGAUGGGAGGUCAGAAGUGACAGGGUUCAGCGGUGCCUGGGCCUCCCCAGGAGCUGUGAACUCAGUUCCUGACCUCUGCUUUGGGGUUCCUGAGGUGGGCUUGGGGUGAGUGUAGUUCCGGCCUAGCAGCACCCUCUUUUGUGGCUUGUUCUAGCGUGUAUUAAAACUUGACACACACACACACAAAACAAAAACAAAAA